AUGGGUUGCAGUAGUGCUAGGAUGGUGUUGUUGGCAAGAAAUCAGCUUAAGGGAGUUGCUCGUGAGUGGUAUCUCUCUAAGAAGAAUGGGAGACUCGAAGCUCCUUUACGACUACCUAAAUGUGAGGAGGUGGUUGAUCAGGCUAGACAGAUGGAGAUGUAUGAUGAUGAACAUUGGGCUCAUGAGCAGCGCAAGCGGGUUAAGAAAGAUGGUCAGGGUAAUCAGUUUAACAGAGGACAGAGUCAUCAGGGUUCUUAUCAGGGGAAUGCUCGGUAUAGUCAAAUUAGCACUGGGUCUAUUUCCACUCCUUGUCAGCAUUGUGGUAAGCUACAUAAGGACACUUGUUAUUGGGUCACUAGAGCAUGCUUUGGUUGUGGACAGCUGGGACACUGCAGACAGGACUGUUCUACUAGUGGGACAACUCAGGGUGCUGGUCAGGCAGCACAUUUUGUUCCCUCUCAGGUUCAGCCAGUCUCACAGUAUAGUGGUGGAAUUCAGGGUUCUGAUGGUCGUGGUCAGGGUGGUAGAGGAUCUACUCAAACUUAG